GAAAAUUUAUUCGUAGUUUUUGUGUAUUAAGAAUGGUUUAGAUUUUAGAUUUAGCUGUUUGUUAUGCACGUAUCGAUUUCAGAAAUUAUGUUUAUUCUGCCUCUAAUGAAACUACGUGAGCUAAGCUUCCACUAGCAACGUACUCUAGGAUUAUGUAGAAACCUGAGCUCCAAAUCAAAUUUCUGACAUUGUUCACCAUUUAACUUUAGCUUGAUGCCGUGCACUUAACCUGUUUGAUAAAAUUCCCCACAGAAACUUAAGAAAUCUUUUGAACAAUGGGUUCACAAACUUCAAGCAAAAACAUAAUCACUCUCCGUGGAUCCUCAGCCAUUGUGUGCGAAUAUUUCGGUUAUGCAGCAAACAGUAUUCUGCACCUUAACGGUGUUUAUCCUGAAGAAACUUUUGAAAGAGUGAGGAAACAUGAACUUCAAUUGUUGAUUUCUAAGAAAAGGGGUGUUAAGUCAUACUUAUCAAGGCUUGAUAAGCAGAUUUCCGAAUGGCUGGAAGCUGGGAGGUUGCAUGAGAUUGAACUUCUGAUUAUAACUAAGGCCACCAAUGAAGUACUUCAGAGUUGGAACUUCAUAAUAGCGACUGAUGGUGAAGCUGCUCCAAAAGGGGAGAAAAGUGAUAAAGAAAUCAUAAAUGAGAUUGAUUGUGAAGCUUCUGAAAAAGGGGAGACGAGUGAUAAAGAAAUCAUAAAUGAGAUUGAUUGUGAAGCUGCUGAAAAAGGUUUAAGGGAGAAGAGUGAUAAAGAAAUCAUGAAUGAGAUUAUAGAUGUUCUGAGACGUAUUUCAGCCACCUACAGAGUCUUGCCUCUCCUUAAUGAACCAUGCAUCUUUAAUGUGGUGGCACAUAUUGAUAUGGAUGGUAGUCAUGGUACAAUAGCAUUCAAAUGGAAAGACAGUGAACAUGAAAGGUCUUAUAUGGAGAGCUUUCGUGCUUUCAGUACUAAGAUACUUAAGGCUGCCUCUUCGGUUUCUUUCAAGAAGCGAAAAUCGGAUGACCAGAUGCAUGAGGUUGACACUAUGGUUCCUAAGAAGAAAUCAAAAUUGGAUGACUAGUAAAAGUUGGGAUCUUAUUUUUGCUGUUUUUUCUUAUUAUAGUUGAUGUGAAUGCAUUUAGAGGAACAAACUAUGAAUAUAUAAACUUGUAUUUUGACUUUCUUAUGGCUGAAACAUUGAAAGAUAACACUCUGAAAAUGAAGAAUUUGCUUCAGUAA